ACGAUAUUUAAGAAUAAAUGUUAUAAUCAACUUGUCAUACCUCUCCGAUAAAGCAAGUGAAUUUAAAACCGUUACGCAAAUAACAGUUUAGCAUAGCAUACAUUGUAUCGAACACGAUUCCAGGCAUAACCUAAAAGAUAAAUACAUCAAAUUACUUUGUUGUAUAUAGGCAACAACAAAAUAAGUGAAAAUUUCAUCACGAUUGUGUUAAAAGCAAAAUAUCAACAAACAUUCGUGUUGAACUACAUAUAUUAAUAUUCUGACCGAUCAAACGCGGUCAAUUGCUACCAUCAACCAACCAAUGAAGUAACUGAACUUCCCAUAAGUUUACUCAUGCACACACACACAAACGCUACAGAGCGUGAUCAAUUGUAAUUAGCACCUUUGCGACAGCAGCAAAAGAAGUUUGGAUGCCAGUACUCAGUGCAGCGCCAAAUUCUUGCAGGCACAUCAUAUCUGCUUCACCAAUGCUGGAGUAGACAUUUACUUUCGAGAAUUCUUGCAGAACACACAUUCGGUUUAGCUGUUCGCUCGGCUUUGUUAGUGAUUUUGUGGCUAUAAGUGCACAAUAGAAUAUACCAUUAAAUAAAAAAUUAUCAUUUGGAGAACUGUGUAAAAUAUAUACCAAAACGAAGUGAUAAAACGAAUAUUCAUACAAAAUUUAAGUAUAUUUUGCAAAAAUGACGUUCGUCUCUGUAAUCGCCGGAGUGAUAACGCUGGGCAUUAUCGGUUAUGUUAUGUGUAAGGAUAUUAAUGAGUAUCCCAGAGAAUUAUCAUUUCAAAAUUCAUUAGAGACACCUGUUGACACAUUGAUAUCCACCAAUGAAAUACUUCAAAAUCAUUCACAUUCGAGAUCUCCCAGAUGGUUUCCCUUCUACACAAUUGGACGUUUUCCUAAUGAUGUCUGUGUGGGCGCCAAUCAGCUGGCUGGCACAUGUGUGGUGCGUGGCGAAUGCAGUGAUAACGGUGGUGUGGCGGCUGGCACUUGCAGCACCAUUACAACACAAGCUGUGUGUUGCAUAUAUCAACUGGGUUGCGGCUCCACAACAAGUUACAACAACACAUAUUUCUACAACUCCGGUUACCCAGGCACUUAUGCCGGUGGCGGACGUUGCACAAUUGUUGUCUCGAAAUGCGAUAGUAAUAUCUGUCAGCUGCGCAUUGACUUCCUAUCGCUGUCGAUUGCGCCGCCAAACGGUGAUGGGUUUUGUGUAACCGAUACCCUAACCAUAACGGGUGGUUCAAGGGUACCCACAAUCUGUGGUGAGAAUAAUGGCCAGCAUGUAUAUGUGGAUUUCAAUGGCGACUCGCCAAUCACUAUUUCCGUCGCCACAUCCGAUGACUACACAUUCAAUCGCCAAUGGCAAUUUCAAAUCGCACAACUCGCCUGCGCAUCUGCCACGCAAGCGCCAUCGGGCUGUCUGCAAUACUACAUGGAUUCUAGUGGAACAGUGUCGAGCUUCAAUUACGACUCAGCUGCUAACUCGCUCGCGAAUUCAAUUGGUGUAGCAGGCACGCGGCAAAUCGCCAAUCAGCAGUAUGGCAUUUGUGUGCGCAUGGGCGCAGGCAUUUGUUCAAUUACGUGGAGUCAAGUGAGCUCCGAUGCAUAUUCGUUUACAUUAACCAAUGAUGUGGGCGUUAUUGAUCCAUCGCUGCUCGCAACAUCAACGGUACAAAGUCAAAACUGUACAACUGAUUUCAUUAUCAUACCAAAUCCGACGCAAAACGGGGCGGCACUACCUAGCGAUCGUUUUUGUGGACUAGGUUUGGUGAGUACAACCAGCGCGACGAAACCUUUUGUGCUUUACUCGGUGACGGACGGAAACGAGGAUUUGGAUAUGUCGAAUCGAGGCUUUCAUUUGUCAUACUCUCAAAAUUCGUGCCCUGUAGUUUAAAGGCACUCAGGACAACUUACUAAACUUAAGGCUUACAUUAAAAUUACUUAGGAAUAUUUACGAGAAUAAAUGUGUGAUUUAUAA